GCGCGUACAGACGACGCAGCAAACAUGGCAGACGAGAAGCCUAAGGAGGGAGUGAAGACGGAGAACGAGCACAUAAACCUGAAGGUGGCAGGCCAGGAUGGCUCAGUGGUGCAGUUCAAGAUCAAAAGGCACACUGCACUCAGCAAACUGAUGAAAGCUUAUUGUGAACGACAGGGAUUAUCAUUAAGACAGAUACGGUUUCGAUUUGACGGCCAGCCCAUUAAUGAGAAUGACACACCCUCGCAGCUCGAAAUGGAGGAUGAAGAUACAAUCGACGUGUUCCAGCAGCAAACUGGAGGGUGUGCUCCUUAAUGACUGUUUCCGCCGUACAUUUCUACCUCCCCUCUGUCAUUCAACGUCUACACACACACACACACAGUACACACGCCGCCCGCCAGUGGAACACAUGUAAUUGCAGCAGCACAGUUCUUGGACAUGUCAUUCAGAUGUUCACUUUUUGGUUCUCUCGCAGUUGUGACAAAUAAAUACUGUUUUAUUAUUUUGUCUGUGAGAGUGUCAGGAAGACUUUUUGCUAUCUACUAAAGUGGCCCUGCAUUUUUAACCCUCUCUGUUGUUAUGGAAAUGUUAUUGGAAUAAAUUGAGUCUUUUUUUUUUA